GAGGGCAGUAAUUCCCCGGGACAAUUCCAGGUCCUUGAGGACGGGACACUGUUCUUCCGGAGCAUCAGGAAGGAUCAUCACGGAACAUGGACCUGCAAGGCAUCGGAUAAUCUCACUGAGAUCACAGCCAGCACCAUGGUGUGGGUGACAGGAACCAGCCCCCAUUCUGUCACCAACCUAACGGUGAGGCCAGAUGUGUUUGCUGUCAACGUCUCCUGGGAACCUGGCUUCGAUGGUGGUCACCCACAACAUUUCACUGUCUGGUUCAGGCAGAUAUCCCGUGGGUCCCAUGACUGGAUUAUCCGAAUGGUUCCAGAUGGACACUGCAGCCUGAGUGUGGACCAUCUGUGGUCGAACACCAGCUACCAGUUCAGUGUCCUGGCCCAGAGUGAUCGUGGGAGUGGGCCCUUCAGUCAGAUCGUCAAUACCCAUACCCUCAGUGUUCCCGCGGCGACAGCUGCCCCACGGCGCCCCCCAGCGCCCAGUGACGGGCCCCACCUCCUGCUACCCCCCCGCGACCUGGUGGCGAAUCGGACGGCGCGCGGUGUGGUGCUGCGAUGGAGCGCUCCCCCCUCCCCCUCCCGCCUCCCCCUGGCCUACGUGCUGGAGUUCCGCCACAGAGGGGCCUGGGCCGUACUGCACAGCGCGAUCCCAGCCCAGGAGGACCAGCUGCUGCUGAUGGGGCUUGUCAAGGAUGUUUCCUAUCAGUUUCGAAUGAUUUCGCUCAGAGGGGAGCUGGUCAGUGAACCAAGUGAUAUUGUUAAUAUCUCAACCUCAGGAAUGUCCAGCUACCCCUCGGAAGAGACGAUAUGGGAGCCUUUCACACAUUCCGUCAGGGCUGGCAUCAUCGCUGGAGUCUGCUUCCUCACAAGUGCCUUUAUCAUUAGCAUCCUGGUCUCACACGUCAUGAGGUGCAGAAGACAGAGGCGGAUGCAAAAUGUACCCAUCAUUUUCAGUCGCUAUCAGAAGUCUCCAAAUAUAGAACGCUCUGACAGCCCAGACAGCCU